AUGCCUAAUAAAAUACAGGCUCUAGGAGACAAGCCGUCGGGGAAGGGGCUAGGAUUCUACACUGGGGAGGAUGGCUACCUGUAUGUGGACAAUCUGCGCAUUGAUGACAUCCGAGCAGAGGUGAAGGACAGCCCGUUCUACCUGUACAGCAAGAACAAGAUCACCGCCAACUACCAGGCCUACGCAGCAGCGCUGGAGGGGUUGGACCACUUUGUGGGCUAUGCUGUCAAGGCCAACAACAACCUGCCCAUCAUGCGCCACCUGCAGUCCCUCGGCUCUGGCGCUGUUCUAGUGUCUGGAAACGAGCUGCAGGCAGCCGAGGCAGCCGGCUUUGACACCACGCGGACAAUCUUCAAUGGCAAUGGCAAGUUGCCGGAGGAGCUGCGACUGGCGAUUCAGAAGGGCGCGCUGAUCAACGUGGACUCCGAGUUUGACUUGGAGAACAUCGCAGCUGCGGCGAGGGCAGUCGACAAAACGGCGCGCGUCCUGAUCAGGAUUAACCCGGACGUUGACCCCCAAGUGCACGCAUAUGUGUCUACUGGGCUCGCCAACUCCAAGUUUGGCAUCCGCAACAGUCACCUCCAGUGGUUCUUGAAGAGGAUAAGUGAGGAGCCGCUGCUGGAGCUGGCGGGCGUGCACAGCCACCUGGGCUCCACAAUCACCAAGGUGGACAUCUUCCGGGACGCGGCGCAGAUCAUGAUCGGCUUCAUCCAGCAGAUCCGCGCCGAGGGCUUCCAGCCCAAGUACCUCAACAUCGGCGGCGGCCUCGGCAUCGACUACCACAGGAGGGGAGAUGCAUUCCCUUCACCGGCAGAUCUGGUGGACACAGUGAGAGACCUGGUGGCAGACCUGGGCCUCACCAUGAUCCUGGAGCCGGGCCGCUCCAUGAUCGGCAACGCGUCGGCGCUCGUCAACACCGUAACGGGCACCAAGACCAACGGCAACAAGAACUUCAUCGUAGUCGACGGAUCCAUGAGCGCGCUCAUCCGGCCCUCCCUCUACGAUGCCUACCAACACAUCGAGCUCACCGCACCCGGGGACGGCACGGAGCAAGUGUUCGACAUUGUGGGACCCGUGUGUGAGUCGGCAGACUUCUUGGGCAAGGAGCGGCCGCUGCGCACGCCGCGCGCCGGGGACGGAUUAGUCGUGCAUGACGCGGGCGCUUACUGCAUGGCCAUGGCUUCCACGUACAACCUGAAGAUGCGGCCUGCAGAGUACUGGGUGGCCGAUGGGCAGCUGAAGCAGAUCAGGAGAGGGGAGACUCUGGAGGACCACCUGAAGCUCUUCGAGGGGCUCUAG